CCAUAAAUAUUGAUGCUGCUUAUAACCUGAUUCCUCUGGAAAAGGAACUCAUGGUAGUCAUGAUUUUAUACUUCAGAACUUGUCUCAUCUCAUCUGUCCAAUGCCUUAAACAAUUCUAAACCUCAUAAGUUUUGUCUAUUUGUUUGGUUAGUGCAGGCAGAACUGAUUAACCCUUUGACUCAUCCCAACAACUUAACAUCAAAAAAUGGAAGGUGACACAUACUCCACCUUUGGCAAUGGCACCCAAAUUGAUGGCAAGAUCUUCCAAACAUUUCAAAAAAGCUUUGUUCAAGUGCAAAACAUUUUGGAUCAGAAUCGUGUACUUAUCAAUGAGAUAAACCAGAAUCAUGAAUCUAAGGUCCCUGACAACCUCAACAGGAAUGUUGGUCUUAUUAAGGAGCUUAACAACAACAUAACAAGAGUUGCUCAACUUUAUUCAGAUCUUUCAACUUCCUUCACCAAAUCUAUUCAUGUUUCUUCUGAAGGAGAUUCAACUGCUGCUGUUAAAUCUCAAGAAAAAUUCAGUCACAAACGACACAGACCUGAUCUUUAAGGAUUUUUUUUUUUUUUUUUGCUUAGAUAGGUGUUUCUGUAGCUGAAGCUCUUUUGUAUUAAAUUUCAGAUAAAUAAAUUUAUAUACCAUUAUUCAGCA